CCUUCUCCUCUCCCCCCUUCUCCUCUCCCCCCUUCUCCUCUCCCCUCCUUCACCUCUCCCCCUUCUCCUCUCCCCCCUUCUCCUCUCCCCUCUUCUCCUCUCCCCCCUUCUCCUCCCCCUCUUUCUCCUCUCCCCCCUUCUCCUCUCUCCCCUUCUCCUCUCCCCUCCUUCUCCUCUCCCCCCUUCUCCCCUCCUUCUCCUCUCCCCCCUUCUCCUCCUCCCCCUUCUCCUCUCCCCCCUUCUCCUCUCCCCCCUUCUCCUCUCCCCCCUUCUCCUCUCCCCUCUUCUCCUCUCCCCCCUUCUCCUCUCCCCCCUUCUCCUCCUCCCCCUUCUCCUCUCCCCCCUUCUCCUCUCCCCGUUUCUCCUCUCCCCCCUUCUCCUCUCCCCCCUUCUCCUCUCCCCCCCUUCUCCUCUCCCCCCCUUCUCCUCUCCCCCCUUCUCCUCUCCCCCCCUUCUCCUCUCCCCCCCUUCUCCUCUCCCCCCCUUCUCCUCUCCCCUCCUUCUCCUCUCCCCCCUUCUCCUCUCCCCUCCUUCUCCUCUCCCCCCCUUCUCCUCUCCCCUCCUUCUCCUCUCCCCCCUUCUCCUCUCCCCCCUUCUCCUCUCCCCCCUUCUCCUCUCCCCCCUUCUCCUCUCCCCCCUUCUCCUCUCCCCCCUUCUCCUCUCCCCCCUUCUCCUCUCUCCCCCUUCUCCUCUCCCCCCUUCUCCUCUCCUCUCCCCCCCCCCCCUUCUCCUCUCCCCCCUUCUCCUCUCCCCCCUUCUCCUCUCCCCCCUUCUCCUCUCCCCCCUUCUCCUCUCCCCCCUUCUCCUCUCCCCCUUCUCCUAUCCCCUCCUUCUCCUCUCCCCCCUUCUCCUCUCCCCCCUUCUCCUCUCCCCCGUGCUCUAAUGGCUAAGAGUCAGCUGCCAAAGGAGAAAUGCCCUUUGCAGAGUCCCAGACCUGGCGAGAAUAGGAGAAUGGCAUUAGGGGUGAGAGAGGCCCUCACGGACUGCCAGCAGCUGCACAUCCUUCAGCAAUUCUCACUGCUGUCUCACUGUCCUGUCCCGUCCCCACAGGCCCUCACAGACUGCCAGAAGCUGCACAUCCUUCAGGGCUUCAGGAUGUCACCCCAGCCACAGCCCUGGCCCCUCAGGAGGCAAGAGCACGUUGAGAGCUGUCAAAGCUCUUAA